AUGGAGAAGAGCAGCUACGCCAUGGCCAAGUUUGGUCUGGAGGCCAAGGAGGCGAUGCCCAAGCGGGACUGUGGGUUUUAUGUGAAGUACAUCUUCCUCUUCACCUCCCUCAUCCAAUUCCUCAUCAUCCUGGGGCUGGUGCUGUUCAUGGUGUACGGCAACGCGCAGGCGGGCACCGACACGCACCUCCGGCUGCUGGAGGAGCAGCUGCAGGAUCGCUACAACAAGAUCAUCACCCUCAGCGGGAGGAACAUGAACCUGACGCGCACCCUCAACGCCACCCUCAAGGAGAAGCAAGGGCUGCAGGUCCUCGCCCAGAAGGUGCAAAAGGACCUGGAUAAGUGCAAUAGCACCCAGCCUCCCAACCCCAUCCCCAAGGUAAGCCCCCCUCCCCGGGGAGGGAAGGCAAAGCCCCCGGGUAGCGGGGGCAGCGACCCACCCAUGGGUGCUGGGGGCUGCAAGGAGCCGGGACCUGGCUUCAGCCCCGCACGCUUCAGCAGGGAUGGACGAGAGGCCGACAGGGCGCUGCUUCGGAGCCAGCUGGACCAGACAGCCCUGGCCAAAAAGGAGAUGGAGGAAAACUGCCGCAAAGCGGGUGCCAUGCUGACCAAAGCCACCCAGGAGCAGGAGAGCUGCCAGCGGGACCUGCUCACCACCAGGACCAUGUGCGAGUCCACCAAAACCAACCUGGAGCUGCAGAAGCACGAGUGCGAUACCUUGAGGUCCGACAUGAGCUACGCCCUCAAGCGCUUCAAGGAGAUGGUCAGCCCGUACAGCUGCAGCGCCGUGCACGAGCAGCUCAGCUGGCUGAUGCGGCAGAUGGAGGCGCUUUUCCUCUCGCAGCAGGAACGGGAGACCAAAUAUGUGGGGAAAAAUGUCUGCGACAUGAACCUACUCCAGUGUCGCAGGAACUGCUCCAUGGAGAAGCAGGAGCUGGAGAAGCGGCUGCAGGAUGUCGAGAAGCAGGUCAAGAGCGGCCAGGAGGAGAAGAAGCAGCUGCUGACGGAGAAGGAGAAGCUGGGCAAGGAGCUGGAGGAGAAGAGCAAACUUGCCACGCAGGCUGGGUACUUGAAGGAGCAGCUCAACAUCUGCAUGGGCUCCAAGAUGGACGCCUUCUUCGACAUCCCAGGCUCACGGGUGCCGGGGGGCAGCCUGCGGCCGGGACCCUUCGCCAGCACGGGCUCCUACGUGGAUGCUCUGAGGAACCAGGGCAUCUUUGGGAAUAUGGGCAAAAUCAACACGGAGGAGAUGCAGCGGUCGGUGCAGAAGAUCAUAGAGCAGUACAUGUCCACCCUGAAGAACCCCAGGUGA